AUGGCGCAGCAAGCAGUUCAGCUGGACCGAGAAACUUUCUCCUGUUCGAUCUGCCUGGAUCUACUGACAGAUCCGGUGACGAUUCCCUGUGGACACAGCUACUGUUUCAAAUGUAUUAAGAGUCACUGGGAUCAAGAGGAUCAGAAGAGAAUCUACAGCUGUCCGCAGUGCAGGAAAACCUUUAUACCGAGGCCUGUACCAGAGAAAAACACCAUGCUAGCAGCUUUAGUGGAGCAGCUGAAGAAGACUGGACUCCAAGAUGCUCCUGCUGAUCACCGCUAUGCUGGACCUGAAGACGUGGCCUGUGAUUUCUGUACUGGAAGAAAACUGAAAGCCACCAAGUCCUGUUUAUUCUGUCUGGCCUCUUACUGUGAGAAACACCUUCAGCCUCAUUAUGAUUCAGAUACUUUAAAGAAACACAAGCUGGUGGAGCCGUCCAAGAACCUCCAGGAGAACAUCUGCUCUAAGCAUGGUAAGGUGAUUGAUAUCUUCUGCCGAAAGGAUAAGAAAUGUAUCUGUUCUCUCUGCUCUGUGGAUGAACAUAAAGGCCACAACACAGUGUCAGCUGCAGCAGAAAGAGCUGAGAGGCAGAGAGAGCUGAAGAAGAGACGAGGAAACAUCCAGCAGAGAAUCCAGGACAAAGAGAAAGAUGUUGAAAAAGAAAAGGAGACAGUUGUGUUCAUAAAUUGCUCUGCUGAUGAAUCUGUUGAAGUGUGUGAGAAGAUAUUUAUUGAUCUGAUUCGUCUGAUCCAGAGGAAAAGCUCUGCCAUUAAGAAUUACAUUAAAUCAGAGCAGGAAACUGAAGUUCGUAAAGCUGAAGAUAAGCAGAAGAAGCUGGAGCAGGAGAUCGUUGAGCUGAAGAUGAAAAACGCUGAACUGGAGCAGCUCUUAGACACAGAGGACGACAUCCAGUUUCUGAAAAAAGACAUCCCAAUACCAACACUCUCCUUGAAAAUGCCCAACUUGUCUUUUUUUAGACACAGGGGAAGAAUUUCUGCUUUUCACAAAAUGUGGCUCCUCAAUGAUGUAAAAGCAGCCGUCUCAGAGGCUGAGAGUACUGUUGAGCAAAUUGUGACCAACAUGUGGAUGGAGAUUUCCCUGAAGGAGAUUGAUUCAGAGGCUUCAUCAUCAACUCCCACAGAGGGGCUGAUGGACAGAGAUGAACUCUUGAAAUAUUCACAGGAGUUAACACUGGACCCAAAGACAGCAAACAGAUAUUUGUCUGUCACAAGAAACAGAGCAGUAAAGGAGGACAAAGAACAAUUUAAAGAUAAGUCUGAACGUUUUGCAGAUUGCUGCCAAGUGUUGAGUAAAGACUCUCUGACUGAAUGUUCUUACUGGGAGGUGCAGAGCUCUGGUAGAUUCACAGUGGCUGUUGCAUACAAAGAUAUCAGGGAAACAGGCCGAUUUUACAACCAAACAUUUGGGCUAAAUGAAAACUCCUGGUCUCUGGAGUGCUGUAAACUCAUGUACGUAUUCAGACACAACAAAACUCUGACUCUGAUCUCGGCUCCUCAUUCAGCUACAAUAGGAGUGUUCCUGGAUCACAGAGCUGGUAUUCUGUCCUUCUACAGCGUCUCUAAAACCACGACUCUCCUCCACACAGUCCAGACCAGAUUCACUCAGCCGCUGCUGGCUGGGAUACGACUGUAUGAAACUGGAGACUCUGCUGAGUUCUGUCAACUCAGAGAGCUCAGAAGGUUUCCUGAGUUUUAAUGUGAGAGAAAGAAAAAUCUGAUACCUGCAGGGAAAUGAUAUUGUACUGUGCAACAGCUCAGAGAAGCAAAGUGCAAAGUUCUCUACAUUACAUCUCUACAGGGAUUCAUAUUUUUUAAUAAAUGUGAUCCAGUUAACAGAGAAGCUCAUUAAAUUGUUGAUGAUAUUAUUAAGUAUUACAACCUCCACUGAUCUGUCACUCAGUUUAGUUUUUAAUUAAACAAAAUUACAGAGGUUGAGCUAAAUGUGUAUCUAUUUUAUAUAUAUUUUUAUUUUAUUUCAGUAUUGUAACAUCCGUUCUUCUGUUCAUAAAAUCAGUCUGUGUUCCUAUAGGUGUUUGUUUGAAGUUGUUUUGUUGUCAGCUGGAAAACUGAAUUAACAAAGUUUCUCCUAUAUGGUUCCCAGGAUCUCUGGGUAAUUUUAUGCUUUGCUACAGGAGUAAAUACAAUCAAAGCCCAGUUACUAGAUCACAUUUUGUUCUUCUUUAGGUUCAGUUUGGUUCUUUAACAACGUAAGAAAAUAAUGCUAUAAUUUUUUUUUUUAUUAAGUUGAAAACAAAAUUUAGUUUUGGGCAUAUUUCAAUUGAAAAGGAUUUUCAAUCAAGUACAUCUAUUGAUCUGUAAUGAAUAAAUUUAAAAAUAUAAUCAGUUUUGAACAAAAUACUUUCUGACUGACUAUACAUAUCAUUUCUUAAAAAGGGAAAAUUAAACUUUCCCCAAUAAUAAACCAAUUGUGUGGCAAUAUAACAAUGAAACUUUUCUUAUAACCUGUAAGCAGCUGUCUGUAAAUAUUUAUGGGUCAUUUUAACAGUUUAGCUUUUCUAAAGAGCUGCAAGUCUUUGAGGUAGAUCAGUCUACCUGCCUUCAUCGUAAUCUUUGACUCCCUCCUCAGAUUCACAUUCAGCCUCUGGCUGAACCUCUUCAAACAUUAUGUCCAGUCAGAAGAAACAUGUUGCUCUGAUUGUAAUUAAACCUCAAUCUCUAAGAGGUAUGAAUACUUAUGAGCCUUCCUGUUGUGCUGAGAUGUUUGUCAAUAUCUGACUUAAGCUGACUCAGUUCAACAUACAUAUAUAUACUGGACGUUGUUACUGGGAGGUGGAGUGGAGCGGGGAAAGGGUUUAUAUGUCAGUCGCAUACAAGAAUAUCAGCAGAGCAGGAGGUGGGAGUGAAAGUGGAUUUGGCUGUAAUGACAAAUCUUGGGCAUUAAAUUGUUACCAACACAAUUCUGAAUUUUGUCACAACAACGAGUCAACUCCCGUCUCAGGUCCAGUUUCCUCCAGAGUGGGAGUGUACCUGGAUCAUGAAGCAGGUUUUCUGUCCUUCUACAGCGUCUCUGAAUCCAUGACUCUGAUCCACAGAGUCCAGACCAGAUUCACUCAGCCGCUGAACGCUGGAGUUUGGGUUUGUAAUAUUGGAGGUUCUGCUGAGUUCUGGAAACCAAAUGGACAGAAUCCACUCAAGGUCUAGUGAGUUUGAUUCUAAGUUUUACUCCUCAAGCAGAUUAUUUUGAUGAUCAUUGUUGUUGUUUUGUUUUUUUUUCUAAACUGCUCAGACAUUAAUAGUCAGAGCUUCCAGCGUUUUGUUUUCUUCAAAUCUGUUAUUCUGGUUUUAAUAAACUUGUUAAUUUUUCAACAUUAUUGUUUUAAACAGACGAUAAGCACAAGAAUAUUUACUCUUUGUUGCUUUUAGCACAAAAGAUUGUGAACAAAUCAGGAUAAAACUGUCAUGUUGCUUCACUGUUUAGCUGUUGGUGAUGAAAUGCUGCCCUCUACAGGAACAUUGUUUUGUUACAUCACAUCAAAUCCAGAAAUUGUUCAUUAUUGCUUCUUUAUUAUUACUUACAUAAAAUGAAUCAGUGUUUUUAAUCACUAAAUAAAAUUCUAAUUUGAUUCUUUC